GUCCGAAGUUGCUAUUUUCCCUCUCUCUCUCUCUCUCUCUCUCUCUCUGCCUCACGGUGAUUCAAUGGCGACGGAGUACGAGCGGAAACGAUUGGAGAACAUCAGACGGAACGAUGAGAUGAUGGCGGCGCUCAACGUCCGAGCCAAAGCUUCUCUUCUCACCGCCGCAACCAAACGCCCUCGAGAGGAAUCUACUAAAUCGUAUAAGAAGAAGGAGAAGCCUGAAACACCGAUUGUUAUGCGGAAGUCUCUACGCACCAGAGGAUUGGAUCCAGAUUCGGUCGGUUUACCCAAUUGGUUCUCGGAUUUUCCCAAACGUAUUACUUCUCCUCCUUCCCAGUACUCGUCGGCGCCUCUGCAGAAAUCAUCGGCUCGUUUGUUGGCUCCUCUGCCCUUUGAUAAGGCUUAUGAUGGAGAGGGGUCUUGUAAGAAAUUGAUCGAGACUAUGUUGCGUUCUGCGAGUAAGUCUAUUGAUGAUUCUCCUAUAGAUAGUAGCAGCACUAGGAGGAGAUCUUCUCGCCUGUCUAAUGCUGUUGUUCAAAAGGAAGAGUUAGUUUCAUCUAGUUGUUUUGUGAAGAAGGUAGCUUUUGCCAAAAAGUCUUGUCGAGGAAAGAUGGUUACUAAGGAUGAGAAUGAUGAUUCUCCUAUGAGUUCUGGUAAUGAUUGUUUGAAGAAGGAAGUUGUUAAGCCUGAGAAGAUUGAGUUUGAUGGGGAGCCGUUGAGUUUAGAGCCGCAUAACGUAGCACGUGUUGUUCCUGGGAGGAUUUUGGUUGUAAAGUUAAUACCUUGCCAGAAUGUUAAGCUUGUUGCUGCUGGGGACAAACUUGGGAAUGUUGGGUUUUGGAAUUUGGAUUGCCAGGGUGAGGAAGAUGAUGAUGAUGGGAUCUAUCUGUUCCGUCCUCACACUGCCCCAGUUUCAUCUCUUGUGUUUCAGCAAAACUCUCUCUCAAAGGUUAUUAGCAGCAGCUAUGAUGGUCUCAUACGGUUGAUGGAUGUUGAGAAGUCGGUUUUUGAUCUGGUUUAUUCGAGCGAUGAUGCUAUAUUUUCCCUCUCGCAGAGACCUAAUGAUGAGCAAAGCUUGUACUUUAGUGCGGGAUAUGGAAUGUUGAAUGUAUGGGACCUCCGAGCAGGAAAGUCAGUUUUCAAUUGGGAUGAUUUACAUGAACACAGGAUAAACUCUAUAGAUUUCAGCUCGCAAAAUCCCCAUGUCAUGGCUACAAGCUCCACAGAUGGGAAUGCUUGCCUUUGGGACUUGAGAAGCAUAGGAGCUACAACACCGAAAACAUUAAAGACUGUGAACCAUUCUAGGGCGGUGCACUCUGCUUAUUUCUCUCCUUCUGGUCUUUCACUUGCAACUACAAGCGUUGACAACUAUAUUGGUUUACUAAGUGGCACCAAUUUUGAGGAUAUCUCCAUGAUAUCUCACGACAAUGCCACCAACAGGUGGAUCUCUACUUUCAGGGGAGUAUGGGGAUGGGAUGACUCAUACAUCUUUGUGGGCAAUCGUCCUUCAAAAGGAAUAGAUGUGAUCUCAACGAAACUAAAGAGAACAGUGAAGGAACUGCAAGACCCUCUAAUGAAAGCUAUUCCUUGCAGAAUCCAUUGCCAUCCUCUUAGUGUUGGGGUGCUUGCAGGAUCCACAGCUGGAGGACAGGUCUAUGUUUGGACACCAAAGUAACCAUAUUUUUCAAUCAGCAUGAGUUGUUAGUGUGUUAUUUGUUUGGAACUGGUUUACUACUGUAGAUGUAAUAACUUUUGAAGUUAAAUAUCUCGAGCGUUCUAGUUU